UUUUCAAACAGUUAGGAAGGUGGUUAAUCUCUAACAAUCUACUACAUGCCAUCAUAAUCAUUUUUUUCAUCACAAUGACUCUCAAGAAAUCAACAAAAAGAUCUCUAACAUCCGAAAUGGAUCGUAAUGUUAGACAAAUGAUGAAACUGAUUGAAGAUAAUGGAGAUUCAUUUGCACAAAAAGCUGAAAUGUAUUACCAAAAGAGACCAGAAUUGAUUUCUCUUGUGGAAGCGUUUUACCGCGGCUAUCGAUCAUUAGUCGAACGUUACGAGCCUGCCGCAGGUGAUAUGUGGAAAAAUAUACCUUCUGAUAUUCAAUCUCAAGCCUCAGGUGUUUCUGAUAACGGUUCAGAACCACCUUCUUCUUGUCCUUCUGGUUCUCCUAGAAAAAUCGGACGUAGAAUAUCGAUUACACGCGCUCCAGGGUUUGAUUUCUUUCUUGGCUCUGGUGGAAAUAAUAAUGGUUAUGAUUCUUCAUGUCAAAAAGAUGGUGAUGCAUUUUCUAAUUUGUCGGAUAGCGACUAUGAUUACGAUGAUGCUUUGUCUGUCAAUAGUUAUUCGGGUAUCUUUGGGAAUGCAAGUGAUCAUGGUAUGACUAAAAGGGUUAUUGAAUUGGAAAUCGAGUUGCGUGAGGCGAAAGACAAGAUUUUAGUGUAUGAACAACAAGAACAUGAACAUAGUGAAGAUGGUGUCAAAAUCAAUGCAUAUGAACAAGAAUUGAAGGAUGUGAAUGAAAGUUUGAGGCUUUCACAAGAGAAAAUUCAUAAACUUGAGAUCGAGGUUGAAAAAAAUAAGUCAAUGGAACCAUCGGUUCAUUUGGAUGAUGAUAUUUGUUCGACAAUAGAUCAGGGCCCAUCCGAAUCAGGCCUCUGUGCCAUUGAUACUAACGAGUUAUCAACAUCAACCGAAGAGGAUCUUAGGAUGAAAAUGGAUCUCAAAUUCUUUGAAGAUGAGCUUAGAUUGGCAAAAGAAAAAGUGGAGAAUUUUGAGGUACAAAUAGCUUCAUUGGAAAUUGAGACAAGUAAAUCAAAUGAAAAACAUGAACAAUUGCAGGAUGAACUUGACUUGGCUCACAAGGAAACGGCUAAAUGGGAAACUAUGUACAAUUCUGAGAAGAGAGAUAACAUUGAGCUUCUAGAAAGAAUUUCAAGGUUGAAAACAAGUCUAGAAGAAAGAGAACAUGAGAUCAAGGAUUUAAAAGUUGUUUUGUCCGAGACCGAACAGAAAAACUUGUUUGAAAAGUCAGAAUUAAAGACUGAAAUGUGUAAAUUGUUGGAGCAACAUGAUCACAUGGAAGAGAAACUCCGAGAUGAAAUUGAGAUAUUGAAGCAAGAGAUUCACGAAAGAAACGAUAAUAUCGAAGAUCUUAAUGUGAGACUUGGAGGUUUAAUAUUAGAGAGAGAUAAUCUCAAUGAAGAAGUUGGUUUACUCAAAGAAGAGAUGAAUUCAAGAGUUAAGGAGAUUGAAAAGGCAAAUACACAUAUGGUGGAACUAGAAUCAAGAGCAAAGGAACUAGAUGAUGAGAUUGAGAGGCAUAAGAUUGAGAUAUUAGAAGGAGCCGAAGAGAAACGCGAGGCUAUAAGACAGUUAUGCUUUUCACUUGAGCAUUAUAGAAAUGGAUAUAAUGUUUUUAGGAAGGCAUUCAUAGGUCACAAGAGGUUUCCACUCUUGGCAUCCUAAUGUUUGGGACAUUGAAUCGGAGAAAUUGUUAGAACGAAGAUGAAACAACAUCGCUCGAACAACUCAUAACUGAAGCGUAGAAGCGUUGGUUCACUGAUCAAUCGAUUGAAUCAGUCAGUUCGUUCGCUUAGGUUACUAGCAUAAUCCUUUGUUUUUAAUCUUUUGUUUCUCUCUCAAUCUCAUUGGAGUGUGAUGAUGUAAAUAACCACAAAUCAUGAGAAGCUAGAACUUAGAAUAUUUGAGAUAUUUGUAUUUUCAAUCUUAAAUUCAUUAUCUUUCAUACAAUUUUGUCAUGUUUUAUCAUAAAACUUGAACAAAAUAAAAGUGUAAAUAAUUAUUCUUAAUAUAUAUAUUAUAUGCUGAAAGCUAGGGUUCUUGUGUUUCU